AUGAGAGAGGAAAGCGACGUGCGCGAGCAUUUACAAGAUUUCCUGGACACAGUGGACAAACUUUCCGAGAUGGACGUCGUCGUCAAUGCGGAUCAGCUCGCGAUCAUGAUGCUGUACAGCCUGCCGUCGACCUUCGAGAACUUUCGGGUAGCUAUCGAAAGUCGUGACGAUCUUCCAGAUUCCGAGACCCUACGCAUCAAGAUCGUAGAGGAGUCCGACGCAAGGAAAAAUGCAGCAACGACGAGCCAAUCGCAAGAUGCUUUAUUCUGUCAUGGAAAGGGACACAAGGCUUCCGAGUGUCCAUCCCAGAAGGCAGAAGAAAAGGAAUCGCGCGUAUCCCUUAUGACGACGGAAGAUACGCGUGAGAGGUGCCAAAUCGCAGACAAUAUGAGCGACAACGUGUGGUAUCUGGACAGUGGAAGCACAUCGCACAUUUGUAAGGACGUUGACCUUUUCACCGAGACGAACGAAGUGGAAUCGGGCAGAUUGAAGUCGGCCAGCGAUGCAUCCGCGGAAAUCAAAAUGAGAGGUACGGCGGCCAUCACAACGGUAAUCGGCGGAAAGAGGAGAGACAUAGCCUUAAACGAGACGCUACACGUCCCGAAGUUGAGGAUGAAUCUGCUGUCGGUAUCGAAAAUUGCGGACAAAGGGUACCGAGUUAAUUUUGAUAAGCGGAGGGCCGAAAUCAUCGAUUCAAGUGGACAUACGAAACUCAUCGCCAAAUGGGUCGGCGAUCUUUAUCUUCUCGAAGGGGGGCUGUUCCGGAUUCAAUUAUGA